GUCAACGUUUUUACGACAGUCUAGCGAUAUGGAUUCUUUUGCGUUUUAUAUACAGCUUCAAGAAUUUCUCUUAAAAGGAGAAAUUCCUGACAAUUCUGCAAAUCGUCGGAAGGUACAACGGGCGUCGGCGAAUUUCAUCAUCAAAGAUGACAGACAAUUCUACGUCGGCCCCAGUGGGCAGUACAUGCGGCUAGUUGUCCUGUCAGAGGAAGAGAAGAGGUCUGUUCUUACGGAGUGCCACAAUAACCCUGGGACUGGAAAUCACAGUGGCGUCAGAGGCACUCAAAACAGGGUUAUUGCUGGAUACUAUUGGCCUACAAUUAUCCAGGAUGUGAAAGAAUGGGUCAGAUCCUGUCACCGCUGCCAGUUGAAUGACCCCAUCAAGACUGUUGUGCCAGUCUUGCAUUCUAUUAAGGUAAAAGAACCUUGGGAGGUGCUUGGUUUGGAUUUGAUUGGACCACUGCCAGAAACAGCACGCAACAACAUGUCCUUACCAUGACUGACCUGUACACCAAGUGGGUGAUUGCAGAACCUAUGAAAUCUAAGACAGCAGCUGAGGUGUCUGCAAUAAUAACCGCAAAGCUGUACUUGUUCGGCAUGGUAAGGAAAAUCAUUACAGACCAAGGGAAGGAGUUCGUCUGCAAGCUCAACGACAGCAUUUCAGUAUGCUGAAAAUCAAACAUGCCGUCUCCAGUGCUUACCAUCCCCAAACCAACGGGCAGGAUGAAAGAACUAAUCAGAAAAUCAAGCACGCACUCAGGAAGUAUUGAAUGACAACCACAAUGACUGGGACCUCCACCUUCCUGCUGUGGUGUAUGGAAUCAACACUGCAAAGCAGUACUCCACUAGACACAGUCCCUACUUCCUCCUCUUCCAUCGACACCCACGUCUGCCAGAGGUCAUGAAUGCCUGUCCCAUGGGAGAUGAUUUUGAAGUUGCUGACCCAGAAGACGACAUCGACACCAGAGUCAAUAAGAUGAAAGUUCUCAAUGAAAAGGUUCUUCACAACAUAGAGCACAGAGCAUGCAACAGAAGUCAUUCCAAAAUCGCAAGUUUGUGCGAGUAUGUUCAGUUCAGGCUGGUGAUGAUGUUCUGCUCUCACGGGACCCCAAGAAAUGACGGACAGGAGACACAUUUACAAGUCAGCACCAAGGACCAUAUACUGUGGCCAGCAUCACUUCCAAAGGUGUGGCCACUAUCGUCAAAGGGUCAAAGGGUCAGAGGGUCAAGACUGAGGACAUACUACAGACUGAAAAAUGGACCAACUGAGAGGAUGUUCCUCCAGGACCACUGCUACUCAACAUUCAAAUGGCAGGUAGAGCAUCCAUAUGCUUGUUCGGGUUUGAUGUGGGAGAAGGACUUGGACCAUAUUCAAGAUGAGUAUUUUAAAGUAUGUGUUGGACAAAAAUCGGCCAUCGGAAGAACUGAUCAUAAAGCAAGGCCAAAUUUGCCUCACACGAGAAGACUUCUGGAGCCUGGGUUUAAGCCAGUGCAUGGACUCCAAUAUCGGAAAUGCCUGCCUCAAGAUUGUGGAAGAAGCUGCACGAAGACAUGGAAAAAAUUUUCACAUUGUGGACCUCUAUGCUGUUCUCACCUGGAAAGACAAAAAUGUGGACCCAGAGCAUAGUUUGCCUGAAAACGUGAGGUCCAAGGAUAUCAUACUAUUUCCAGCUUGGAGCAGGCAGGCGGAUGAAGCUGAUCACUAUCUGCUCUGUGUUUUGUUUGUAGCUAAGAGGGAGAGAGUUUUUCUUGAUUCUCUUCGCCCUGAUGGUUUUGGAGAUGAGACCUACAGAACCAUAUUUAGACACAUUGCAACCUUCAUUGACCAAGGAUCCUGGACUGAAAAAACAGGAAGAGACCUUGAGUGUUUUCCUCAACAGUCUACAGGAAAUUCCUGUGGCAUCUACAUGCUGAUGUAUGCUCUCAGCACCUGUACAUCAUGGCCAUUAACAUUCACAGAGGAGGAGGUGCCAUUGAUUCGUCAGUGGUGGUGCAUUCAGCUGAUGGAGAGGUUUUGUCUUGAAGGGCAUGGACAGAGAUUUGCACACUGGACAGAAGCAGCAUCCCAACUCCUUCAGGGAACCCUUGAGCCUGUCUUUAGGGUGUCAAACUCCACCACCACCAAACAGACACCCAGCAGAAGAGUUGUGGUUGAAGAGGACACUGAUAAGGUGCAACAGCCUACCAUUGUGAGAGACCUUCAUACAGCUUGGUACUGGGUUCACAAUCACAGAGACUUAUUUCGUGGAGAGGUGACAGAGCCUGCUUUUCUGCAGAUGAACAGUGAAGAUCAACAAAAUGCAUUCAGGAAGGCCCUGGAGAGUGAAUUCCCUGAAGCAAAGGAUGACUUUUUGUUUAUAUUUCAAUAUCAAGAUGACAUGGAAACAUUUUUGUCAUACUGUGUUGAUACACAAGGCCUGAAGGUCAAUGCCAUGUUCCUCAAUCAGCAAUUGUAG